CCGUGCCCCGCCUCCAGGGGACGCCGCGGCUUCUUGCUGCGCUUUCCUCCUCUUCAUUUGGCGGCGGCGGUCUAGGGUUUCGGAAGGGGGCGAUGCCAGCGUGAGCCUAGGCCUGCUUCGGUCGAGGAUCCCGCCGGCGGCGAGCGCACACCCAGUGCGACGCCCCGCCGGCCCGGCCGGCGCCUCCGUCCUCGAGGUGCGCUCCGGCGGCCCAGGCGACCGCAGCAUUUCCUCUGAGCUCUCCACGGCUGCGGUAAGCUCCGUUCCCUCCACACCUCAGGCGCCCUCCCGCAGCCCACGCGACCCCAGCAUUUUCCUCUGCUCUCUCCACGGCUGCAGUAAGCUUCCCUCUCUCCAAAGCUGUUGUAGUCUGCAGAUCUGUGCGAUUCUAUGAGCUCCGAAUCAGUCGUUUGCCUUGACGUAUCGUCGUCAAGGUCCUUCAUGGGAGCAACCUCCUGCUGCAGCUGCGUCUCCGAUCCACUUGUGCCGGCGAAGGUUGUCUGCCUCAAUUAAGCUAAUUAGGCCUAACCCAUCUUAUCACAUUUGCUCAUCACGAGUCCAGUGCCAAUUCUAGGUACAACUAGCCCUCUCUCUCCUCAAAUGGUGUAGUGUGGUUGAUUGAAAUCCUUUCGGUACACUUAUUUCCCCAAAUUUAUCUACAAUUUCUGCCUGCAGCAUUUUGUGUGCUCAUCAUUUGCUACAGGUCUGUCAAGCAAGCAUAUGUGCUUGAACAUGCAGCGAUUCCCAAUGAGGCAUCUCUGUGGGUGAUUGAUAGAUUGAAUAGCAAAAGGAAAGGUGAUAACCUACAUGUAUUUCAUCAUUUUUUGCCAAUGUUGCAAAUCUUAUUAUCAACAUGAUUAAAUAUGUUCAUCUACCAAUUUCUAUUGUUCUGAAAUCAGUUUCUUUUUUAAUUAACUAAGGAGGUUUUUGGCAAGUUUUGUUACUCUGAAACCUACCAUAAAUCUAGCACCUGCGCACCUCAACUCUUAUACUUUCCAUAUCACCUCAUAUAAAUCAUCUUUGACUUUGCUUUCAAUAUUGGAAAAUCAUCUGAAUAGUUUUGGCUACAUCUGAAUGCUAAACGGGGUAUAUAGUUUGGCUAUAGAAGCUAUUUAGUUCACUGUUAUUAGGUUUGUAAAUUUUGUUCCCCAUCAUGUUGCUUUGAUCCCUGUAGCUUUAUUUACCUCUGUUUGGCCAGGAUGCACCAUGGACAACCAAUUUCCACAAGACAAAGUUGCAGUGUGUAGUUCAGUAGACCGUGCAAUGGUAUAACUUUUCAGAACAUUUCAGUAGACUGUGUCUUUUCCUUAUUAAAAAUAAAGAACAUUUCAGAACAUACUAAAUGUUCUGAAGUAUUCUAUCUUGCAGCUCUUUGUGGUAAUUCAAUGUUCUGAAAUAGCCAAGAUUACAUGUCUAAUUAAGUUACAUGCCUAUACUGAGAAUGUUCUGAAUGCUCUAUCUCAAAUUAAUAUGUAUUUUAGUAUACUAGAAUUUCAUAAGAUAGGAAGGUACAAUCAGAUUGAUUCUUUUCUCAUUUCCUCUUCUAUUUUUCGUAGUAUUCUGUUGCCCCAUGGCAGUAUCAGAUUGUUUCUUUAAAGCAUUGAAUUUGUAAUGUUGCUCGAGGCACCCUACAAAGCAUGAGCGACAUAUAGCUACACACCUUUAUUCUUAUUGAUUAUUAGAUCAAGGGGAUACUAUUUUCAUUUACAUAUAUCUUUUUUUAGACUUUACCUUGUGAAUUGUGAUUCCAAAGAACAAGAACCAUGAACAAGAUCCUUUUUGGAAAUUUUAGGUGCAAUCAUGAAAUUGGUAUGCGAUAUCAGUUUAGUCUUUGAUUCUAAAUGUUUGGCCCUUUGGGUGAAAGGUUCAUUUUCUUUUCUCAUUACUGGCUUUUCUUGCAAGUACUUUGGGUUCUAGGAAUUGAUGCAGUAAUCUGGGUUCUAUUUUGAAUGGUUACAUAUUCUCGCACGAUGCCAUAUUUUUUCAUCUCAUGCUAUUUCUUUGCCGAAACCAUCAAUAUCGUCUCAUGCUAUAAUAUGUCAGCUCUAAUUCACUUUCAUGUAUCAGUUUUGAAGCAGGCCGACACUACAAAUCGCCACUAUCUUGCACUUGCUGCUCAGAGCCACAACAUAUGCAGUCAUUUGUGCUUUAUCAUUUACAAUUGUAAUUGACCUAUCUUUGUGAUGAAUAAUAUCAUGGCCUUAACCAGUUUUUGACUUCUAAUGUUCUAUGCUUUCGUGUCAUUUGAUAGUUGAUACCUAUUUGUAUUGUGCAUUAGUUUGCCGCUCUUAAAAAGGGGCCUUGCUUUUUGUUGCUUGGAUGACUGCUAGCACAGCCCUGUGCCUUCCGUAUCUAUCACCGUAUGACACACACCAGCACGCACAUGAAGCACCGGCGCAGCGAAGCGCGCCAAUCUUCCUAGUAUUCUCUAUCUGUAGUCUGCACUAAGCACCUAUGUAAAAAAAGUGGUAUGAGGCUGUUUUCUUCUUACUUAUAUGUUUUUUGUCUGUGGUGUUAGCUUCCAUCUUUAAAAAAGAUGUAGAGCCCUUUCAAAUUGGACUGUUUUCUUCUUUCUUAUAUGCACUGAUUGGACUGCAAAUUAGUAUUUGAUUUUCCUAAGAAUGUAAAUUUGUCAUCUCAUCUGAUCUACAAAUAGAAUCCCAUUAUCCCAAUAGUACCAUCAGACAGCUACAACAACACUUGCAGAGUCGAUGCAACCCAAGAAGAUGCUGACAUCUGUUGUGUAAAAUGUAAAGUUUAUUCUUAGAUUCAUUCUCGUGAUGUGUUGUUCUUUGCCUGUGCCGAGAAAAGUUUCAUAAUUUUAGCAGACAAAGUUGUAUCAAAAUUUUAUUCUAAAUCUUUGUCUGUGCUAAGAAAACUUCCACUAUAUGCUAUAUGAAUUCUUUGCAUAUGCUAAGCAAGUUUCAGAAGACUUCAUCUAGAUAUUUUGGUCAUCAUGAAAGUGAAAGGAAACAUCUUGAUAUGUACAUAAAAUGGAGGUAUGUUCGGAUUUAUCCAUGUAUAUGCUGAUUCAUGAUAAAAAUGAAUGGAAACACCAAAUUUAGAUUGAUAAAGUCAAUGCCAUUGUAACUGUAUAUGAGCUUGUUAAGGUAAAGGGAUAACUUAAUGGUUGAAGAAUAACUAUGGUUAAAUAUGACUAAUUGAUGUGACUGAAUCUAUUCAUACUUCACAGUUUAUAGGUGUUAGUGAUGCUGCCGUUGUCUCAUAGUAUCUGAAAAAGCUGUGACAAGGGUUUCAACUAUUCUGAAAUAAGCUACUUCUAUGUUGGACAGCUGUCCAUAUCUUCAACUUCUAUCAGCAUACAGAUAACCUGUCAAAGGAGGACAUUUCAGAUAUGUUUUCUAAAGAAGGAAGUUAAGAGGUUUGAAGAAUUCAAUAGAGAAGGCAUUGGUUGGUGCUGGAGUGGUCCUUUCAUCCCCAAGGCUUCAACUUUGGUACAAAUCUACGGAGGACCUCUGAUUGGUACUUUCUCAAGAAAGGACAUGGGAGCAUAUGUAAAUUAAAUGUAUAUUCUAUGGGUUCUGAAUACUUUUGAACCAGUUAUUGCUGAGUUCUUCGUGCUAGCACAACGAACCGACUAAGUAACAUGCAUCAACAUGUUCAGUCGGAUCAAUUUUUCAAAGUAUUAGCUGGAACGCGUAUGCUUGUAAAGGUUAUAUCUAUAUGUUUCCUAUGCAUCAAUUUGUGCUCUUUUGUAUUCUAGAAAUUUUAUGCCACUAUAGAUUGCUGAGAGCUCAUUUUUAUAGUUGAGGUCAUGAUAGGGUGCGCAAGACGCGCCAAAUGUUCUAGUAAGGUAAUUCAGCCUGUGUUUGACAGAUACUCAUACCCUGACAAGCGAAUUCGGAAGUUUGUAAAAUGCCUUCAAAUUGAGAAAUGUUUGAACUUGUAUCCUCCAAGUCUCAAGAGGAGUACAGAGUCCUUUCUAUGCUGUCCAUACAGUUUUGAGUUUCUCGAUCGAUUCUUGGCUGUUUAAGGUCAGCACAGCUCACCAAGCUACUUGUUGCUCCCGAGAGGAGGAUGAUAAAACUGAAGGCUAACACUGCAGGGGCGCUGCGUGCUGUGCUGUGCAUCACGGUGGGUCGGUCGGUGGAGUGUCCCAAUGCAUGAGCAUGGUGAUGCUUGAUGAUGGCACAGCGAACAAGAGACAGAGGAGGUGAUAGGCACCCAAUGAUUCAACAUUGCUACCAACCUAGCUACCAUCUCCUCCUCCCCUGUAUUCGCGUAGCUGCUGUGCUUUCAGUUUGGAAUAUCUCGGGAGUCAGAGCAUCCUCUGUAUACGAUGAUCGAUCCUCCAACAGAGCAUCCCUUUCCAAUGCCCGUGGUGACUUACUAGUCAGUUUCUUUUCUUUUCUUUUGACAAGAAGCUUAUUACUAGUCAGUUUGAUUGAAGCAGUCGUCGUUACUGAUGACUUUGCUACUCUGACAGCAACAUCGCGUGUCCAAACUUUGAAAGAUGGUCUUUGACAUCAACAAAAAGUCAACAACUAAAAGUACAUGAAGAUCUACCGCGUGAUCGAUUGUCAUUCCACCAUCAACUUUUCAGAGAGAUGUAGCAGCCCUACGCAAGCAGUGAUCGCAUCACAGCCAACUCGAUCCCCGGUCUACCCAACUUUACUCGCCUAUAUAUAUAGCCUAUCCUUGCAUGCUCUUCAGUAACAGCAGCGCCAUCACCCACAAUCCCAUUUACCAAAGCUAGCGAGUAGCCAGUCAUCGCUGACCUGCCGUCUGCCAUGGCGGCGGCGGCGGCGGCGAGGAGCCAGGAGCACGAGGAGGCGGUGACGUGCGUGGACUUCUGGUGCAACGAAUUCGGGAUGCGGGCGCGGAUCGCGCUGCGGGAGAAGGGGGUCCCCUUCGCCUUCGUCGAGGAGGACCUCCGCGUCCGGCGGCGGAGCGACCUCGUGCGCCGCAUGAACCCGGUCCACCGCUCCGUCCCCAUCCUCAUCCACGGCGGCCGCCCGGUCUGCGGCUCCCUGAACAUCGUCGAGUACGUCGGCGAGGUCUGGAGCGGCGGCCAAGAGCAAGAGGGCACCCGCCGCCUGCUCCCCGCCGACCCGCUCGAGCGCGCGCGCGCCAGGUUCUGGGCCGACUUCGUGGACCGGGAGGUGUACGGCGCGCAGACGAGGUUCUUCACGAGCCGCGGCGAGGCGAAGGCGGCGGCGAUGGCGGAUCUUCUGGGGCACCUCCGGCGGCUGGAGGCGGUGCUCGGGGACCGGGCCUUCUUCGGCGGCGACGGGUUCGGGUUCCUGGACGUCGCCCUGGUGCCGUUCUCGGCCAUGUUCCACGGGUACGAGCGGCACGGCGGGGUGGACAUGGCGGCGGAGUGCCCCGCGCUGGUGCGGUGGGUGGCGAGGUGCGCCGAGAGGGAGAGCGUGCGCGGCGUGCUCCCCUCGGGCCACGACAUGUACGAGAUACACAUGGAGUUUUACAAUAUUGAGUGAGUGAACGGACAUGACAAUAAUGUAUAGUGUGACAAUAUGGAUGCAGCGAAAUGAUUUGAUAUUCAGAGGGAUCCAACCUA